AUGAGAUUUCAAAUAAAAUUCAAAUUCUUGAUUUUUGUGUUUAGUGUCGGAGUCUGUGCUGAAAGGAAAAAUGUUUUGUUUCUUAUGAUAGACGACUUGAGGCCGCAGCUAAAUGCCUACAGCGGAGAUAAUUUUCCAUCGUCAGUAUCCCCUCAGAUGGUUACACCAAAUAUUGACAAACUGGCAAAUCAAAGCUUAUUACUGCAGCGUGCAUAUGUUCAGCAAGCCCAGUGUUCUCCAAGUAGGGCGUCACUCCUCACAGGCAGGCGACCUGACACCACCCACGUUUACGAUUUGACUGCAAAUUUUCGGGAGGUUGGAGGAAAUUUUACGACCAUUCCUCAAUAUUUCAAACAGCAACGAUAUAAAUCUGUCGGAAUGGGCAAGAUAUUCCAUCCUCACAACGACACGAUCAGUGACGAUCCUAUCUCUUGGUCUGAACCGUUCUUCCAUGGUGUUGCAAAUCAUGAGAACAAUGCCCGGAGCUGGGAGGCUGUGCCGGAAAGCAAUCUGACUCUUAGACCGCUCAGAGAUAGGCAGCUGGCUGACAAAGCAAUUGAAACGAUACGUGACAUAGCAAAUGCUACAGGAGAUGAAAAUUUCUUUCUCGCUGUCGGAUUUCGUAAACCACACGAGCCAUUUGUUUUUCCAGAAUCUUUCUUGAGCACCUAUCCAGAAAAUUUGAUUAAUUUGCCGAGAAACCAGUAUGCACCCGAAAGUAUGCCGGAAGUUGCAUGGAGUACUUAUAAUGGACUUAGAAGAUAUGAUGAUAUUGCGUUAUACAAUGCUACUGGUGAUAUUAAUACGACACUACCAGAAGAUGUUGUUAAAGAGCUGAGAAGAGCCUACUAUUGCGCAGUUACUUGGAUUGAUUCACUCGUAGGCGAAAUUAUUGAUGAGUUAGAAACUCAGGGUCUUUUAAAUGACACAAUUAUAUCCCUUGUAGGUGACCAUGGAUAUCAACUCGGUGAACAUGGCGAAUGGGGGAAACGAACCAACUUUGAACUCUCAACGCAUGCUCCAAUGAUGAUACGAAUUCCCAAUGUGACAGAUGCUGGUAUACAAUCUGAGCAACUUGUCGAAUUUGUAGAUCUGUUUCCGACACUAGUUGAGGCCGCUGGUCUUGGAACAAUACCCCGAUGUUCAAAUACUUCCAGCACAACUGAACUGUGUCACGAAGGAUCGAGCCUUAUGCCAUUAGUUGAAAACCCUGACAUCCCUAUAAAGGAAGCGGCUUUCUCUCAAACGCCGAGUCCAUAUCCCAGUUCGGGUAGAGUUAUGGGAUAUACAAUGCGUACGGAACAAUAUCGAUACACGGAAUGGCCAGCAUUUCGAUAUGACCCGCAUUAUACACCAAACUGGAAAAAACUCUCGGGUGUCGAGCUGUACGACCACGAGGUUGACCCGGAUGAAAAUAUCAACAGAGCCGACGAUGACGCGUAUACAGAUAUUAAAACAAACCUAAGUCUGCAACUUCGUCAAGGAUGGAUGGAUGCUAUUUUGGAUCCGCUAGAAAAACGUGUACUGGAUGAAAUCAACGAUGACUCAUAUAUUGAUGAACUGAUUUCUUGGCUAUUGGACUUGGAUAUCGACAUUUAA